GCAAAAGAGGUUAGGUGCUAAAGAGAUCUGGGUUCCUUUCCCAGCUGUGUACUGUGGCCUUCAGAGCAAAAUACCUGCUGACGAAAUGUCAGUGGCUGCAAUUCCUUCAUGUCUGACUUUGGGCAAUUUGUGUGACUUUUUCCCCAUCUCUGAAAUGGAGUAACAGUGCCUGCCUCACAAGGAGAUUGUAAAGCUUAAUUUGUUAAUGGGCUUUGAGAUCCCAAAUGGAAAAGGACUAUUAGAAUUCCAAAUGUUACUACUGUAUAAAUCCAAAUUUAUUUGUGCCUGCUAUAUCUUUGAUUUGCCACAACUUGUAAAAAGGGAAGAGACAAGUGGGUUUUGAGGAAGUAUAAGAGUAAGCACUAAAGAAAUUUGUCAUUUUUGUCUAUGAAAAAAGGUAACGAACAAUUGUAGGAGCUGAAACAAUACAGUCAGUAGGUGGUGCAAGAGAGACAUGACUCUGUAGCCCAACUAAAAAUCUUACAAGGAACAUGUAGUUAUGUUUACGCUACGGGAGCAGGGGGGGGCAUCUGCAUAGAUUUAUUUUAUGAAAGUGACACACCACCCUUCCCCCUAACACCCCCUGGACCCAAGACUAUGCAGGGUAACUCCCUUGUGGGGGCCUAUAAUAAACACGAGGAUUUUGAGUGUUCCAGCCUGACAAAAAAAGAUGGAAGGCUUCUUGCACCUUUCUGCCGUUCAUACAGGGGCAUAUCAAGCCCCAAGCCUGGUAUGAUUUAGGGCUCAAUCCUGUUUCAGUGGGGGAGGGAUCUGGCCCUUAGUGAUUUUUAUGGAAAUAUGUGUGUUUGUUAAUAACGUAUAUACUUUCACAAUAAACAGAAGAGGCCUCACUGAGAAAUUGGAACACAUGGCAGGUGAGCUGGCAGUUGCUUCAGGAACUGGGAUGUAUUAGAGGAGUUGAAAGAGAUUGGGGUUGCAAAAAAAAAAAAAUGUAGUGUUGCUGCAGUGGGUGAAAGAGGCAGAUAGACCUACACCCGGAAUAUAGUGAACUCUGCUGGUUAGUGAGCCUCUAGCACUGAUCAACAUGUUGGCAGAAGGCAUCCUAACUGGAAUCAUAUACAAAGAAAGAAAACAGAACAUAGAUAAACCCCACAAAUGUCACAUAAACAGAAAAGAUGAAAGGGAACCCUGGAAAGAUCACCUUUUAGAUACACCAGCAAUUAAAGAUUUGGCUUCAGAAUCUGAGAAGCAGAAUGAGAUCAUUGCGAAAGGUAGCAAAAUUGAAAACAAUAAAGAGCUUCAAUGGACAUCUAAAGAAGAGCUACCUUCAAAAGAACGUAAUGCUCAUGUUAAAGGAACAAUAUCUGCAGCUUUACAUAUACCAGGAAGAGAACAAAAUCAUGAAAUCCAGCUGGAUUUGUAUAGCUCCUGGUCAUGCCACAGUAUUUAUCAAAACUAUCCUGACUUACAUAUUGGAGGAGACCAUGUAGGAGGCUAUAUGCAGGAUUCAGGUUGCAUUAUGGACCACAUAAGUGAUGAACUUGUUGAUGGCCCUGUUUUACUGUCAGGAGAUAUUCUAUUGGGUCAUUCCCCUCAAAAUGAGUCUCUUGAAAAAACAGCUACAAAGUCCUUGAAUGGUGAUGAAGGUGGAGAAAGGAGUAUGACACUCCACAAGCAGCCUCUUUCGAAUUCCGUGCUGAACAAUUACAUGGAUACAAAGGUGCAAGAGCUCUAUAAACAGUUUUUUGAAGAGAACCUGACCAGGUGUGGUUCUGUAACAAACCUCCUGACUUCCAGUUUGAUCAUGAAUAACCUAAAUCAGAUAAACCUUCAGAUCUCCCAAGAACAGACUAUAGAAAAAUCUAAAGCUAGAGAAGUGCUCUUACAGUCUCUAGCUUUGUUUAGUUUCCACAAUGCUGCCAGUGGAAACAGCUCUGAAUUUAGCACUCCAAAUUUACAGUUCUCAAACUUGCUAAGCAAGAGAAAGAGCUCCCGGGUACAGUUUAUAUCAUGACCGCACUGUUUGGUUACAGCAGUGGUUCUUAAGCUUUUGUACUGGUGGCCCCAUUCACACAACAAGGCUCUGAGUGCAAACCCCAUAUAAAUUAAAAACACUUCUUUAAUAUAUUUAACACCAUUAUAAAUGCUGGAGACAAAGCAGGGUUUGAAGUGGAGGCUCACUACUUGCAACCCCCCAUAUAAUAACCUCCCGACUACCUGAGGGGUCCUGACCCUUAGUUUGAGGAUCCCUGAGUUACAGCCUAGUCUUCAGCUGCCGUCUCUUCUCUUUCAGGAUUAGUUUGUGAAAUGUACCAAAAUUAGACACUACUGACUUCUUAAAAUAAAUUUUGACAUUUAAACCAGACUUUGACCGUGGUGCCACUUCAUUGCUUGUUACCGGACUAAGAUAACGUUCAUGUGCCUUUGUGUUGUUGAAUGUAAUCCAAAUGAAAUUUUUUACAAAAUCCGAUUGAGCCAAAUUUUCAAAGUGGCUUAAGACCAGCUUCUAAAGAGUCCAUCCCUGCCAACACCUAGUAUGUGAGUAAUUAUACAUAGGACUAGUACCUAUGUAGUCAAAGUUAGUCACGUGCAUUAACGUAGGUAAGAUUGUCCCCUAAGAAAUUAAUCCAGAACCCAAUGAAAUUGAUGGUUAGACUCACACUGAUUUCAGUGGUCUUUGGAUCAGGCCAUAAAUUUGAACCCAUAAUUUUGUGCAUUUAAAUUUAGAGGUUGCUAUUGCAGAUUUCACCCAUUAUGUCUGAGAAAAUGGCCUUCUGUUUUGAAAAUUCUGUUUAACAAUUUGGUUUAUUCUGCAUAGCAUUUUACAUAUAUCAAAUAUAUAUAAAAAUGAUCAGAGAAGAAACCCAAUGAGCAUACUCUAUAGCAGCGGUGUCCAAUAUUUUCACCACUAUCCACAUGUGGCUAAUAGGCUAUUGAAUGGUGGCUAAUGCAUGUGGCUUUUUUAUAAUGUGACUAAUAAGAAAAAUUCAAAACCACAAGUGUGGCUAGCAUUGAAUUUCUAUUGGACACCGCUGCUCUAUAGAAAGAUGCUAUGUGCAUUUAUAUGAGGUUAAUAAUACAUGUUUUGUAUUAUACAGGUAGAGUACAUUACAAUGGAAAACUACAGAUACAUCAGCUUCUAAAAAUAUAAAUAACAGAUCAAGUUUAUAAAAUGUUAAAAGUAUUUCAGUUACUGUAAAGGUGUCAUUUCUAUUCAUUUAAAAUGUCAUUUACUUAAAUAAAAGUUUCCAUAAAUUAAACAAAAUCGACUCAGAUUCCCAGAAUAUAUCAAAUGAUUACUUCUGCCUGCCAUUUGCAUUUUAAAAUAGGACUCCUUGUUGUGUUUUUCUGAAAAAUACACCCUUAUGACCUCAGCAAGUUAAGUGUGUGUUGCAAUGUUACUGAAAGGCAAAGAUAUUGCAAGUUUUGUUCCUAUUACCCUAAAUCGGUGAUUCUCAAAGUUUUGUACUGAUGAUCACUUUCACACAGCAAGCCUCUAAGUGCAACCCCCCCCUUAUAAAAACACUUUUAUAUAUUUAACACCAUUAUAAAUACUGGAGGAAAAGCAGGGUUUGGAGUGGAGGCUGACAGCUGGUGACCCUCCAUGUAAUAACCUCGUGACCCCCUGAAGGGUCCUGACCCCCCAGUUUGAGAACCCUUGCCCUAAAAGUUAUAUGCAUAUUUCAUUAGGAAAAUUUGUUCACUUGGUCUGCAGCCAUCCUUUCCUGCUGGAAAUGUCUUUUGUUGUAAAUUAUCACUAUGUUGAUAUUAUACUGUGAUGAAUGAACUGAAGUUUGAUAUCUCAGUUGUACAAGGAAGUUUUCUCUCAGUGGGUAAGCUACUGCUCUGACACACCAAAACCAAUGAGGUAAUUUGAGGCACCUGCAGUUCUGUGCCUCCAAUCCUGAACUCAGUGGAUUUAGCAGUGUAAAUGCUAGCAGAAAAUGUGGCUUUUUUAUUUAAUCUUUCUGCCUAAUGAUAAACUUUCAGAAUGCAUGCUGUACUGGUAGUUAAACCAUUAUCCAGAGUUACUGAUGUCAAGCAACACCUAGGUGUAGGGACGCUGUUUUAUAAAUUAGUGCUUCUCAGUGAAAUUUAAUGUGUAAGGGUUGAUGUAAAACAAAGUAUUUUUUUCUUCUGAAACAUCUACUAAACUGUGUAGCACACAGAUUCUAAAUCUGUCAACCCUCAAAGGGAAUGUGAAGGAUCUUAUGACGUUUAAGUAAUGAUAUGUCAUAUGCUAAUAUCUUUGUGUUUAUAAAUCAAGAGCCUCUCCAUCUGAUUGGUACUUUGCAAAGAGCAAAGUGUUUCUUACCUAGCAUCUUUAUUUAUUUUUAAAAAGUCAUUCGUGAUUUUGUUGCAAGUCACAAUAAAAAUAUCAACAGG